UGUUUUGAAAAAUGAAAUAUAAGAUUAAAGACAUGGACGCGGAGGCGCCGGCGGCGGCCAAACUGGCUGAGAAACUAGAACGCACAGUACGGUGCUCAUCGGUCCUAAUCGGAGCCCUAGGAGUAUCCCUGAUCACCCUCGCAGUGUACACGGCUGUGUUAGUGCUGACGGAGCACUGGAGCCCUAGGCCUUGCGUCAGCGAAGAGUGCGUUGGGACCGCAUCCCGCGUCAUCGCAGCCCUGAACAAAGACGUGGACCCCUGUACAGACUUCUAUGAGUUCGCAUGCGGUGGCUGGAUCAAGAAGAACCCUGUGCCGGAAUGGUCCACAUCUUGGGACCAGCUAGCAAGGUUACGAGAGCGACUAGUGGCAGACCUGCGGGAUCUGCUGGAGAUGGAAGACGAUCCAAACCUACCGCAGAGCGUCCUUAAAGCCAAGGCUUUAUACAGAACUUGCAUUAAUAUUGAUAAACUAGAGGCAGAAGGAAUCAAACCAAUUCAGAAGAUUCUAGAAGAGUUGACCCUCCCUCCACGUCCGCCGAGCGACGCCUCCGCUAAUUUCAGCUGGGAGUUAGUGGCGGGGCGGGGGAGAAGAGAAAUGGGUCUGAGUGUACUGUUGAGCGUCCAAGUGGCUGAGGACGUCAGGAAUACCAGCAGGAACCGGGUCGUGGUGGAGCAAGUAUCUCCAGGCUUCAGCGAGCGCUAUCUCCUAGCCCCUGAGCAGUUCGCACACGAGUUAGAACAGUACCACACCUACAUCAAGGAUAUGAUCUCCCUGGCUGACCCGCCUACCAACGCGACGGAGUUCGCUGACGAUAUCGUGGCUUUCAGCAAGAGUUUAGCUAAGAUCAUGACCCCAGUGGAGGUCCGUAGAAGCGGCACACACUUGUUCCACGAGGUCAGCGUGAAGCAGCUCGUCGAGGGGUCCUCGGGCGGCCCGGCGCAGUGGAAAGAUCACGACUGGGAGAAGUACCUAGAGCUGGUAUUCACCAACACAAGCGUGGUGUUAGACCAGGACGCGGACCGGGUCAUCGUCAUGGACCUGCCGUAUCUGCAGAAACUGGCCGUGCUUCUGACGGACACCAAACCUGUUAUCAUUGAACGUUUCCUCUGGUGGAGCGUCUUCUCCACCGUGGCCCCGAUGACCCUCAGCGCCUUCCGUGACCUUGGCUUCGCGUUCAGCAAAGCCGUGUUCGGGCUGCAGCAGAGAACACCGAGGUGGAAGAGCUGUACGGCUAAUGUCAACGCCAACUUUGGAGUGGCGUUGAGCUAUCUGUAUGUGAAGAGGCAUUUUGACCAGACUUCUAGACAGAAGGCCAUAGAGAUGGUAGAAGACGUGCGCUCCGCGUUCGCCGCGGCCGUCAAGGAACUGGACUGGAUGGACUCCACCACCAGACUGAAGACCCUCAACAAGCUGAGUGCCAUCAGGAAUUUUGUGGGCUUCCCGGCCUGGUUGCUCACACACGAGCAGCUAGACAAACAUUACAAACAUGCGGAAGUGGUACCAGACAACCUUUUUGAGACCUACUUGAAGCUGACGAGGGCUGCCGUCAAGAAAUCCUUGGAAUCCCUGCGAGAGACGCCCGACAGAGACAGAUGGGUCGCCACAGCCACAACAGUCAACGCUUUCUACUCGGCCACUCUUAACUCAGUCACGUUCCCUGCUGGAAUAUUACAACCGCCUUUCUAUGGGAAUGGAAUUGAGGCCAUCAACUACGGAUCGAUCGGCGCGAUUAUGGGUCACGAGGUGACACACGGCUUUGAUGAUCAAGGCCGACGCUACGACGAAAUGGGCAACCUCAAGCAGUGGUGGUCCGCGGCAACCCUGGAGCACUACCAUGGAAGAGUAUCCUGUAUCAUUGACCAGUACAGCAAGUAUCAUCUGCCGCAGCUGCCUAACUAUACGGUGCACGGGUUCAACACGCAAGGCGAGAACAUCGCCGACAACGGCGGCCUGCGCGCCGCGCUCAACGCCUACCAGCUGUUCACCCGGCGCGAGCCGGCCGCGCGGCGCGACACGCUGCCGGGACUACCGCAGUAUAAGCCUGAACAACUCUUCUUUUUAGGGUUCGCACAGAUCUGGUGCGGGAACUCCACAAUAGGCGCCCUAAAAUCCAAAAUGGUGGAAGGCGUGCACAGUCCCAACAAGAUCCGAGUGAUAGGGACAUUAAGCAACUCUAAAGAGUUCGCGGACGCGUGGCAGUGUCCGCUGGGGUCGCCUAUGAACCCGGAACAUAAGUGUGUGCUGUGGUGAAACUGUGAUGUGGUGCCAAAUGGGGUCAAUGGGGCGUGGUUUAGUGAAAUAGAUCCAGUGCUCUACGCUUAUUCAUAAAAUCUGCGUUGCGGAGUUUUAAAAAGUUGGAGAAGUUCU